AUGGGGACGCCGAACAUGCCGAACUGGCUGAGGAUUUUUCUGCUGAUACUGGGCUGCGCAUCAUUUAUUCCACAACUUCAUCGUUUUUGGAUCCGACGCGAUACCAGCGGCAUUUCCCUCUAUUAUGUGCUUGCAAACCUUCUCGUCGCCACCGAGAUCUUUACAAUUAGCUUUUUCUUGGUCAUCAACCAACGGGUUGAGGGCUCUGACUUCUUCGUUCAUCACCCUCCUGAUGCUGGCGACGCAAUCAAUCUCGUCCAUUUUGCAUUUAUUUGGUUCUUGUGGCUUGCAAUCUUCGUUUUCUGUCUCGUAUAUCCUUCCGACCAGACCUCACCACGCUCCAAAUCUGCAGUCACCAUAUUCGUGUCUUUUCUUCUAAUCUCCAUUGUUCCCCUUAUUGCAGAUGCAACAGUCAACGAUAUUCGCGAAAGGGAUCGUCGACUCCUUCUGGCAAUUUUUGGCUAUAUACAUGCUUCCUUCAUCAACCUUGUUAUUACCAUCUUUGGUAUCAUGGGAAUGUACAUCCAGAUCCGAGAGGUUUACAAACAGCCACCAGGCUCUGGACUAGGUGCACUUAGUCUCCAAGGGCUAGCUAUUCAAUCUGUUGUCUUUGCUUUACUCGGCAUAUCAUGGAUUUGGCGUCUUGUGUUCCCUUGGGAACACCUGGACUGGCCAGAGGAAUUGAGCCUUGCCCAGUUGUGGGCCCUUGCGAUGGCGUGGUUCCAGUAUGCUGGUUUCCCAACUGUUGACUAUCUUGUCUUUGCCCUCGGUCAGGCUUUUAUCCUUUUCUUAGCGUUGCGACGUAGAGUCACAAAUGUGUCGCCAAACGAGACAGAACCAUUGCUGGGAUCUGAUGCUUAG